AUGAGUCAUAAUCUAACUGGUUUAGACAAUUUUAAAGAAAAGCCAGAAAAAAGGAUUCAACAAUUGUUGAUGUUAAGUUCAAAAGUUGAAUUGAACACAAGUAUAGCAGCUAGAAAAUAUUAUCGAUCAGGGCGAGAAAUGAUCAGUAUGGCUGAUGUGUAUAUAAAAGAAAACAAUUUGGAACAAGCGUAUAUUCUCUACAUGAGAUUUAUGACAUUAUUUUUGGAAACUAUUAAUGAACAUCCAGAUUACAAAAAUGUUCCAAUUGAAGAACGCAAUUUAAAUUAUCGAGCACUUCGUGAUGUUCUUCCAAAAACAGAAAAUAUAAAAGCUAAAUUAUUAGAACAGUAUAGUACAGAAUAUGAGUUGUAUCAAGAACAAAAAGCAUUAGAAAAAUUUAAGGAAAAACGUGAACAAAAAGUAUUAAAUAUAGAAAAGAGUGAUACACCAUCUAAUAAAAAUGUCACUCAAGAACAUUUAAAUUCAAAUUUAGAUGAUGCCACCGUACCUGAAUUAAAUAAUACUUAUUUAAAUAAUCCUGCAUCAUUUGAAUUAAGACCAUCAGAUCACAAUUUAAUCAAUUUUACUGAAUUGAAUGAUAAUACUUCACCUUCAAAUAUACCUACACAUUCAAAUUCAAAAAUACAAUUUAAUCAACAUAAGCCUAUUGUUGAUAGAAGUACUAAACCAAUGUUAAACAAGAAUACUUCGAGCCCGUACAAUCUUCGCCAAAUAAUAGUUCCGGGCAAUUUAACAAGAAGAUUCCUAGAACAAGCACAACGUAAUACAUCAAAUAAUUUGGAGACUUGUGGCAUAUUAGCUGGAAAAUUGAGUUCUAACUGUUUAAUUGUGACUCAUUUGAUGAUACCAAAACAAAGUGGUACAUCAGAUUCGUGUACUACGAUGAACGAAGAAGACAUUUUUGAAUUUCAAGACAAACAAGAUCUAAUUACCUUAGGAUGGAUACAUACUCAUCCAUCGCAAACCUCAUUCAUGUCAAGUGUAGACUUGCAUACACAUUAUUCAUAUCAAUUAAUGAUGCCAGAAGCUAUUGCAAUUGUUUGUGCGCCUAAAUAUAAUGAAUCAAAUUUUUUCUUUUUGACACCUUAUCAUGGGUUACAAGUUAUAGCUGAUUGCAAAUUUUUCAGUGGUUUCCACACUCAUAACACAGAUGGUGAUAUUUAUGCUAUUGCUGAACAUUAUGUAUUGGAUGACAGCCAGCUGGUCAAUGUGGUUGAUUUUAGAUAGUAUAUUAUUACAGUAUUUUAAACAUUUAAGUAUUAAUUAAGUGAAAAAUUAAAAUAGUAGUUAUAUGUAGUUAUUGUAUGUUCUGGUGUAAUCUUGAUUACUCUACAGAUUUCCUAAGAUUCUCAAAAAAAUUUAAAAAUAGUCAUAAAGUUUUUUUGUGAAUUAAAAUAAAAAUGAGUUAUUUCGCCUAUGUUCUUUGUGUGACUUCAGAUUCUAUGUAUCAACUUUUGACUUAUCUCUAAUUUUUCUUGUUUUUUUUAAUUUCACAUAAAUUCUAAAUAUUCAACAUUUACAACUGUUUUCUAUUUUUCUGAUUACUAAAAGUCCAAUGCCAGUUACAGUUUUCAAACUUAUUCUACAUUUAUUAACACUCAAAAAAAUCAAAAAGUCAAUCAAGUUGUUACUAAGUUUCUGCCUAGAAUAACAUCAUGUGUGAGCAAAUCAGAUUUGAGUUUGUGACAUAUGCUAAAAUCUUUUUACAUACAUAUUAUGUGUAUGUAUCUAAUUUGUGCUGUUAUUGAUUUUAAUUAUUAUUUAUUGAAAUUCAUCAUAAUUACUCUGGUAUUUACUUGAAUAUUUGUGUGAUCUAACAAUAUCCAUGGUUUCAAAUAAAAUAUAUAAUAUUCCAACACGUUUUCCAUUUUAAGAUGUAUUUUAUUGAGCUCUGUAAGUCAUCAAAACAUACAGUAGGUAGUAGGUACCUAUCUACUAAAACUAAUUCACAUUUGGUGUACCUAGUAGUUAUU